CCUCCUCCUCCUCCUCCUCCCUCCCCCUCUUCCCCUUUUCGCGGAUUAUGUCCGAUCGGCGCGGCCGUCGUCGGAUCGACGCGUCGCCGGGCCAACCGGCGGCGGCGCAGGGGGAGCCGACCAAUCGGGCUUCGGCUGGGGGAAAGGGGGCGGGGCGGCGCGGGGAGAGGGGGCAGGGCGCGAGGUAUCAUGGAGGAUCAGUAGGCAAACCGCGGCCGUGCGCGAGAGCCGAGCUGCCUGUCCGGUCCCUCCGCGAGCCCCCGCGCCACAACCGCUACCACACUACAGUACCGUAACAGUAGAGCCCGGGCUUCCAUUCAGCACACUUAUCCGACAUGGAGAUGAAGAAGCGGAUCAGUCUGGAGCUGAGGAACAGGAGCCCGGCCGAGGUUGCAGAGUUGGUGGUGGAUAACUGUCGAUCCAGCGAUGGAGAGGUCGAGGGACUAACGGAUGAAUUUAAAGAGCUGGAGUUUCUCAGUAUGGUCAAUGUGGGUCUCACCUCACUGGCUAAACUGCCCUCACUUCCCAAGCUACGCAAGUUGGAGUUGAGUGACAACAACAUCUCCGGAGCUCUGGAGACUCUGUCAGAUAAAUGUCCCAACCUGAGCUACCUCAACCUAAGCGGGAACAAGAUCAAAGAGCUGAGCAGUGUGGAGGCGCUGCAAAACCUGAAGAGCCUGCGGAGUCUGGACCUGUUCAACUGUGAGAUCACCACACUGGAGGACUACCGAGAGAGUGUGUUUGAACUCCUCCCUCAGGUGACUUACCUGGAUGGUUUCGACCAGGAAGACAAUGAGGCUCCCGACUCGGAGGCUGACGAUGAAGACGACGAAGAGGAUGGUGAGGAUGGGGCCGGUCCCACGGGAGACUACGACGAGGAGGAAGAGGAUGAUGAGGAGGAGGAGGGAUCAGAGGGAGGAGAGGUGGGCCUGUCCUUUCUGAUGAAGCAGGGCGCUCAGGAUGAGGAAGAGGAGGACGACUAUGCAGAGGAGGAGGAGGAAGAGGAGCAGGCGGGAGUACGGGGUGAGAAGAGGAAGAGGGACGCGGAGGACGAAGGGGAGGACGACGACGACGACGACGACGACUAGUCCCCCCCCCCCCCCCCGUGUCAUUCCGUCCGUCUGUCUCACUGUCCAUCUCUGUCGACCUCCGGACCCGAAACUUAGGCGAGAGAACAGCAGCAGCAAGAAACCCACCAACGCAAACAUCGACAACGUUACGGAACCGUAACUACAGCCAUAAUUAACACCACAAACAACAGCCCCGACCGAAAGUACAGCAGUACCACCGGCAACACCUUCCACAGGGACAAACAUCCGUACUUUUAACAAUGACGACAGCUAGCGUGAUCUUCCAGAAAGUUCUUCUCAGUGUCUAUGAAAUCUAUAUGUAUUUCUUUAGGUCUUUUCUUUUUAAAUAGCAACGGUGAUAGAAUAUUUUAUACGAUUCUAGGGGGGGGGGAAAGAGGAAUUCUUCAACGAUCCAUUUUGUUUUCAUUCCAAGUUAUCGAGCCCCUCGUUCAGAUCCCUGCCGCGGUUCCGGACGUCCGGCGCGACGAUUCCGGAAGUCGUCCUCGUGCGCGCGAAGCGGGGCCGGAAGAUGUCCGCCAGACACGCGCCGGUUAGCGUUAAGUCCGUGUCUGGCAAGUUAGCGUACCCUCACGACCACUUCCGGCAGGUAACCCCCAACGCUCGCCCGGAGACCCCGUUUCCCUUCCGCACGUGUAAAUGCGCUGUUAAAACAAGAUGGCCGCCCGGUGAAUACCGACAGCCGUGACCAGGGGUCAGAGAACGAGUGUCCUCUUCCAGCUAGCUGGCUGCUCUGGAAGUAAGUGUGGCGGGAUGUCUUGAAACCGGGGGUGGGGGGGGGGGGGUUUCGUCUCGGAGAUCUGGCAACUCGGCUCCAGAAGCGCCACGUGGGCUCGCUUCAAUUUGUAAACUCUCUACUCGCGGCGCCCGUACUGUGUCCGUUUUGUUUUAUUAGUGUAGCCCGGUACCACAAAUUACAAACUUGCCUCAAGCGGCUUUACAGCAACCACGACAUCCCGCCCUCAGACCCCCUCCGUCAGAUUCCUCUGGUCUCGCUUGUGUCUCCAAAGACUGGCCCAGACGGGAGCUGGCCGAGGCUCCGGCCGCUGAUAGGAAACCGUUAAACACCUUUUUAAGUGCGGCGCCCACGCUCAGAUCUGCUCGUGUUUUCCAGCUUUUGAACUUGCGGCUCUCUCGAUACUCGCAGAGCCACACUGAGGCACGUUCUGAAAACGUGCCAGGCUCUCAGCGCGCCCCCUCCUGUUGGAUGUUGUAACAAACAGACCUGAGGUUCUUGGCGGACACCGCCCCAAACCCUGAAGAUGCCACACGUGAGCCGGUGCUGACCUGAAACCAGCGGUUCUGUGUUAGCCGUGUCCUGGUCCAAGGCAUCAAAGCCAGUGCUUCUGCAACGGACCCACAGAGCCAGACGGACCUCCGUUGGGUUUCACCUGCAGGGCGGAGCUGUUGUCUCCUCGUUAAAAUAUCAGCCAAUGCUGGAUGGAGGUUUUAUUAACAUUUUACUUGUCGUCAGAGGAGCUGAAGCUUCACCAGCGGUCUGCACCUCCUGCCUCCUUCACUAGGUUUUGUUUGUGAAGAUGCAGUCUACUCCCACAAAGUCCGGACACCCUUUAGAAACCAUUCGGGGAAAAAAAAGAUCACAAACGGUUUAAGAAAAACCAGAUGCCUUCGAAUCUGUGGAAAGCACAUCCGUUUCUGGACUCUCAUCCAGGCUGAAGGAGAGCUCCCCCUGCAGGAACUUUACAUGCAUUACACCUUAUCAGGGACACCGGUCCGAGUACAAGAUGUCAACUCCACUGGCUGGUUUUAGCGCUGGCAUUUUGCUGCUGUCCACCAUGUGUUUGAAACCGCUUUCUUACUUGACUAAAAUUCACUUCCGGAUAAUUCAGCUUUUCGGGAGUUAAACUCGCCUCGCCUCCAGAUUCGUUGAGCGGUAGCCAGUCUCCUCUUCGUGCCCGACGCGUUUUCCGACCAGUUCAUUUUGGUGAAUCACGAUCACGUUCUGACCGUUUUCCUCAGAUUACUUGAAGAAGCCCUUCAGUCCCGUAGUUAGACGUACCCAGAGGCCUGGGAGGCCCAGACUCAGCUAGGCCACGAUAAUAAUAACGAUGAUAAUAAUGAUACAGCCCACCGUGUGUGUUUGACUUGUUGUAGGGGUUUUUAUGAGGAGGGGUGGGGGGUAGUUCUGUG